AUGGCAAGUACAGUCCCUUCCCUCAUGUCAGCAGUAGGGUGUGAAACCAAUCUGCUGGAAAUUUAGAAGUUAAUCUCCUCUAUAAAAAUUGAUUUGAAAAAUUAAAUUUUUGGGCAAUUGCCAGCACUGGAAAACAUCUCUCAGCACACACUGAUUGCAGUAUUAAAGGCAAAUAUUAGGAUGUGUGAAUAAGGAUUGGGUCUCAUAAUCAUACAGAAUGGGCCAUAUCUCCAAAUAACAAGCCUUGCUGAGAAAAGCUCUGCAGUUAACAAUGAAAAGCUAAAACCAGGUGACGUUCUAAUAAAAAUUGGACAUGCAAACGUUUUAGGAUGGACUCUCCAAGAGCUUAGGCAGCUCCUGCACAAUAUUCCUAUAGGAACUACUCUACAAAUCAGAGUUUACAGAGAUUUUGUUGAAGUACCUCAACACUGGUAAAGUGCAGUUGAAUUAAUUCCUGAAGUAAAGCUUCCUGUGAUGACAUCAAACACAAGCGAAGAUGCUGAGGAUGAAGACAGUAUCAGGCCCAGUAGCAAUGAUGAUGUACUUGAAAACUAGUAUAAAUCUUCCCAGUCAUACUGGUUUGAGUUCACUUGUAAGUUACCAUCAACAUCCAAAAUGUGGCAGGGACCUGAUCCAGGCCAAACACUUAGAGUAGGCACAGACACUGGUUGUGAUGCUGUACUUCAUAACAAUGUUGAUGCAUUGUGCAAUCUUAAGUUUGAUGCUAGUGGUGUUAGACCUCAUUCACACUGGGCUAUGGAAAACAAUGAGACCAGUUCCUCUUCCUCCUGCCCUUCUGUAUCCAAUACAUCCUAUCUGGAAGAAUUUACCUUUGUUUCAGAAUAG